AUGAUCCUAUACCAAAUUAUAAUAAUAACCAUCAUUUCUAUAAGAAGUGUAAUUGGAUCAUAUAUUCAUAGAAACCUCACUUGGAAUGAUGUUAAUUUCCUUCAUACAACAGAUACACACGGAUGGUAUCUGGGCCAUAUUAAUCAAGCUAUAUAUCAUGGUAAUUGGGGAGAUUUUAUAUCAUUUACUUCACAUUUACGUGAAAUAGCAGAUCUGAAAGGACAAGAUUUGAUAAUUAUUGAUAGUGGGGAUCGACAUGAUGGGAAUGGAUUUAGUGAUAUUACUAAACCUAAUGGGAUUAAAAGUAUACCUAUUUUUAAUAAAGGAGAUUAUGAUUUAUUAACUAUUGGGAAUCAUGAAUUAUAUGAAUGGGAAAAUUCUAAAAUGGAAUAUGAAUCAGUUGUUAAAGAAUUUGGUGAAAAAUAUGUUUGUUCAAAUGUUGAAAUUAAUGUUAAAGAUUUAGGAUGGAUUGGAUUUGGUAAAAAAUAUAGAUAUUUUGAAACAAAGAAUCAAAAAGUGAGAGUUUUAAGUUUUGGAUUUUUAUUUGAUUUUAAAAGAUUUAAUAAAGGUACUAGGGUUACUCCUAUGAUUGAAGUUAUUCAAGAAAAGUGGUUUAAUGAUGUGUUGAAGGAAUAUGAUCAGGAGAAAGUUGAUAUGAUUGUUAUUCUUGGACAUACUCCAAUAUCUCAUAAUUGGAAAGAAUUUUAUAGAGUUCAUGCAUAUUUAAGAAAAUUUUACCCGAAUACUAUCAUUCAGUAUUUUGGAGGUCAUAGUCAUAUUAGAGAUUUCUCUGUGUUUGAUGACUUAUCAACUGGUUUACAAAGUGGUAGAUAUUGUGAAACAAUUGGUUGGUCAAGUGUAAAUAUGACCAAGGUGAAACUUCCUGUGAAAGAAAGAUUUUCGAGAUCUUAUAUUGACUUUAAUUUGGAUUCAUUCAAGUAUCAUACUAAUAGAGAUAAGAAUUUUGAUACUCCAAAGGGCAUUGAGGUUUCAGAAAAGAUCAAGAAAAUAAGACAAGAAUUGAGGUUAGAUGAUUUGAUUGGAUAUGUUAACCAAAAUUAUUAUGUUGACUAUGUUCCUAUUCAUCAUCCUCAUAGUAUUUUCAAUUUAUUGACUACAAAAGUUCUUAAAACUUUGCCUGGGGGUGAUCAAGAGAAUAGAGUUAUUAUUAUCAAUACUGGCUCAAUUAGAUAUGAUUUAUAUAAAGGUCCUUAUACGGUUGAUUCCAAAUAUAUUGUAUCACCGUUUGAAAACUUGUGGGUUAAUUUAACUAUUCCAAAGAGAGUGGCUACUAAAAUUGCUGAUAAGUUAAAUGAAGCUGAUUAUAUAAGUGUAUCAAGAUUAAAACCACCGCAUCAAUAUGAUAUUUCAUCUGGAUUCCAAUUGAAAAAUGCAGAUCAGUACUAUUUCAGCGGUGAUAAGCUUCCUAAAGGAUAUGUAACGCAUGAUGAUUUUGGGAUUGAUGGUGAUGAUACUUUACAUAAACCAGUUGUUAAUUUCCCAGUUCCUAAUGUUGUUCAAAGUGUUGAGAUUAAAAACGGUGAUCUGUAUGAUGAAAACACCCCGGUUAAUGUCGUUUUCUAUACAUUUAUUACCCCGAAUAUUCUUUGGGCAUUGAAUGAAUUGAAUUAUACGUUAUCAGAUGAUCAAAUAUCACCUACUUUUUAUUCUGAAAUCUAUUUAGGUACUUUGUUAAACAAUUAUGUAUCAUCCAAUAAAAAUAUAUAG